CCUCCUCUUCCUCUUCUUCUUCCUCCUCCUCCUCUUCCUCCUCCUCCUCCUUCACCCCAAAGUCGAGCAGAUCACAGGCGUUUUCACCGCCGCCACGAGGCAAAAGGCAUGGGACCAUUUCUCAAAAGCUCAGCGCAAGAACAUAGACAUUUGGCACAAGCAGUGUGAGGAGCUGAGGAGCGCUCACAGCGAGGAGGUCAUGGGCAUCCGGAGGGAGGAGGAGAUGGAGAUGUCUGAGGACGACUCGGAGGAGAGUCCCUGCAAGAGGCUGCGCAGCGAGCUCAACGGAGUGUGUGACCCCCCCUCGCUGAAGGAGGAGAACGACUCCCUGCGGUGGCAGCUCGACGCCUACAGGAACGAGGUGGAGCUGCUGAGGAACGAACACACGCCCGCGCACACACACACUCACACACACAGCGCUGAGGCUCAGAUCCAGCUGCUGCAGCAGAACAUGCUCUCCAUGCAGCAGCAACUGCUGGUCCUUCAGGAGAAGCUGUCGAGCAAAGAGGCCGAGCUGCAGGAGGCGAGGGAGGAGAGGAGAGAGGAGAGGAGCAGCCUGCAGGGGGAGGUGAGGACCCUUUCAUCUUAUAUUUAUAUAUAUAUUACUGUUACGGCAC